AUGGAGGACACAACAUCUCCUCCAACGCACGCACGAAGGCGAAGCGGAUCGUUGUUGUUUGAAGCAGCUGCAGGCAGUAACAGUGGCGGCCAGGGCUCAAGGAGUCAAACUGGCGAGGGAGGCAGGCACCCCGAAGAUCGAUCUGGAUCGGAAGCAUCAGCAGGAACGCUCAGCGACGAUCUGGAAAUGGACGAUAUGCGAUCGUCGGAAGAAGAGCUAGACGAUGAUGAGGAGACCGGGCUCACACAUACAGAACGCAAGAAGAGGCGGCGGCGGAUACGGCAGAACACACAACUGGACGAACGAGUCGCAUCUUCCUCCUUGGACAAGAAAGCAGAAGAAGGCAUAGCAAAAGCAGCCAUGCUACGACAUAUGAGCAUCAACGCCCUCCUCAUAACUCUCUGGUACACCUUCUCCAUCUCCAUCUCCGUCUACAACAAAUGGAUGUUCAGCUCCGAGAAUCUCGACUUCCACUUUCCCCUCUUCACAACCUCUAUCCACAUGCUCGUUCAAUUCUCAGCAGCGGCCGCAACGAUCUGGUGGUUCCCCAAAUUCCGGCCUUGGAACGCGAAAGAUAUUCAGGAUCCGCAUAGCUCGGGCUACUCCCGCGUUCAACACGACGAAGACGAUAACGACACCAUCACCUCAAGGACCAAAAGCCCUCUCAUGACCAAAUCCUUCUACCUCACCCGCAUCGCUCCAUGCGGCACCGCCACCGCCCUCGACAUCGGCCUCGGGAAUUUCAGCUUGCGCUUCAUAACCCUAACAUUCUUCACCAUGUGCAAGUCCUCCGUGCUCGCCUUCGUUCUCCUUUUCGCCUUCAUUUUCCGGCUCGAGUCACCGACCUGGAAGCUCUGCAUGGUGAUUCUCGCCAUGACAGUCGGCGUCAUAAUGAUGGUUUCUGGAGAAGCAGCCUUCAACGCCCUGGGAUUCAUUCUGGUCAUGACGGCGUCUUUCUGUUCCGGCUUUAGGUGGAGUCUUACACAGAUUCUGCUACUGAGGAAUAAAGCUACGAGCAAUCCCUUCAGCAGCAUUUUCUUUCUGACGCCAGUCAUGUUCCUGGUCCUGUUUCUUCUGGCAUUACCGAUUGAGGGGCCGAAGCAGGUGCUGGACGGGCUUGCAGUGUUGGGGGAGCAGAAGGGCUACUUCUUGGGGGCGAUGAUCAUGCUCUUCCCCGGAGUAUUGGCAUUCAUGAUGGUGGCAGCAGAGUUUGCACUUCUACAGCGAUCUUCGGUUGUUACACUAUCGGUCUGCGGCAUCUUCAAGGAAGUCCUUACAAUCUCUGCGGCGAGCUUGACGUUUGGAGACGAGCUGUCACCGAUCAACAUUUCUGGCUUGGUUGUGACUAUUGCUAGCAUAGCGGCUUACAACUGGGUCAAGUAUGAUAAGAUGAAGCGAGACGCGAAGCGGGAGACUCAUCAGAUGGUUGAAGAUGAUGGGUUGGGCGGACGCGUGCCGGCGGGCAAGACCAGGAGUUCACACGACGACGAUGACGCUUUCGCAGUCGGCAGAGACAGUACGAGUACUAAUGACGGCCUCAUGAGGCACAGUCUAAGUCUGGCGACACAUCAUGUUGAGUCUGGCGGGCAGCAUAGCCAAGCAAAUGGGAAUUUGGCGCAUGGUAAGAGUCAAAGUCCAGUCAAGAGGCCGGAAGAUCUUGAAUAG